AUGCAGAAUUCGUUCAUUCUCCGAAUGCCUUCUGCUGAGGUGGAGAAAAUAGCACCAUCGGCUUUUAGUGAACAUGUCAACUCAAAUGGCUUGAAACCUCGAGAGGUGUUUACAGAGGAACACCAAGAUUUAGUAAAAAAAGGGGAGAAAUGGAUGAAGGAUACUGCCAAUUCAUGUAUGGUUGUUGCCACACUAAUUGCAACCUUCACAUUUGCAGCAGCCUUUACAGCUCCUGGAGGAUUUAAUCAAGACUCAGGGUUUCCCAUUUUCCUAAGAGACAAGUUAUUCUUUCUUUUUAUAGUAUCAGAUGCAUUAUCACUCUUCUCUUCUACCACUUCAGUGUUGAUGUUUUUGUCAAUCUACACAUCGCGUUAUGCAGAAGAAGAUUUUCUGGAGUCGUUGCCGAAGCGAUUGAUAAUUGGUCUCUCUACCCUCUUCUUCUCUAUAGCAACAAUGAUGGUGACCUUUUGUGCAACCCUAUUUCUUAUCCUAAAUAAACAGUAUAGUUGGGUUGCCAUUCCCAUCACUUUCCUUGCUGGUGUCCCAGUUACAUUGUUCGUUUUUUUGCAAUUUCCCCUCUUUCUUGACAUGGUUAGUUCCACCUAUGGUCCUGGAUUAUUCAAAAGGCCAAAAGAGACCUUGGCAUACUAGUUUGUGCAUUUUGUCCUGUACUCAGUGUAGGUGUCAAAUAAUUACAAUAAAAAUCAUUAUAUAAUGAGGCAUUCUAUUUGUAUCAGGUACUGGUCUUUUAUUUAUUAUAGAAGAUGUUUUUCACAUAA